GCAGCCACCGUCGAUGAUAAUGAUGAUGUUUAAUUUGCAGUGAGUGGGAUGAGUAGUGGGGCUGAGAAGUUAAUGCUGAGAAUAAAGAAAGAAAAAAAUGGAAGACGUUACAGUGAUGGGAAGAUGAAGAAGAUGGAGGAGACAAAAAAGUGCGACGGAGGAAACGCAAAAACCCUAAAAGUAAAAAUGACAAAAUAAAACUCAGCCCAAACCACAUAGACCAUAAACAUCUAUUACAAUAAACAUAGAAUCCCAUUACACAAACACACAAACAAACGAACUAAAAAUACUCGACGAUGAAAACGCAAACCAGAGAUCACUUAUUAAAACAGGGACACGUGUCCAAUUUUAGACAUAGGAGUGCUGAUGUGGCUUAAUGAGAAAUGAGAAAACUCAACUUUAUUGUUAUAGAUUUGUUUCUUUCUUCGUCUCUCUCUCGGUCGAUCUUUUUACAAGGUUCACUAGUGGUACGGAUGGAGUUUUCUAUCUCCUCAACUCUCUCUGUAAUGGCCACCACUGUAGCAGCUGUUGAGAUUGUGAAAUCUCAUGUCCAACUCUGAUAUUAUCCGAUUAGUACGAUAUUGUCCACUUUGAGCCUUAAUGAUAAGCCCGCAUGGAUUUACUUUUGGUUUCCUUCCCAAAAGGCCUCGUACUAAUUAGAGUUGGACAUAUCUUUAUAUAUUAGACUUUCCUUUGUCUAAUAUCCAAUGUGGGACUUAGAUUGCUUCUCACAUUCUCCCCUUCAAACUAAGAACCACAACUCAUCUCUUGUGUGUUUCUUAAUCACAGGGCUUUCCUUUGAGAAUGCUUCUCCCACAACAUCACAGAUUCCAUGAUCUUAUGACAUUCCUGCUACAGACCUCCUUUUUCUUUCUUCAAGGAUUCCUCAUUCCUUCGAGGGGUAUUUUAGUCUUUCUUGCAGAUCUUCGUCAAACCGCUCUGAUACCAAUUGUUGGGAUUGUGAAAGCCUAUGUCCAACUCUAUUUAUCCGAUUAGUACGAUAUUGUCCACUUUGGGCCUUAAUGGCAAGCCCGCAUAGAUUUACUUUUGGUUUCCAUCCCAAAAGGCCUCGUACUAAUUAGAGUUGGACAUCUCUUUAUAUAUUAGACACUUCUUCUCUAAUUCUCCAAUGUGGGACUUAGUUUGUCAUUUCACAGCAGCAACAAAACUCACCUCCUUGAAAGCCACAGCUGGGAAGCUCGGUUACCUUGAGAUCUGUCAGGUCCGUAAAUGGGCUCCGCUUCAAUCUGUGAUGCCUUGUUUCGGUAUGCUGCGAUGUGCAUUUGCAACUUCCACUGUUGUAAAAGCUCAAGCUCAAGGCACUGCUGUUGAGCACACAACAGAAGAAGAAGCUGUUCCAAAAGUGGAAUCUCUAGUUGUCGUUAUCACUGGUGCCUCUAGAGGGAUUGGUAAAGCUAUUGCUCUAUCCUUGGGCAAAGCUGGCUGUAAGGUCUUGGUAAUUUAUGCUAGGUCUGCUAAGGAGGCUGAAGAAGUUUCCAAACAGAUUGAAGCAUAUGGUGGCCAGGUUAUUACGUUUGGAGGUGAUGUCUCGAAAGAGGCUGAUGUGGAAGCCAUGAUGAAAAUUGUUGUUGAUAAAUGGGGAACCAUUGACGUUGUGGUUAACAAUGCAGGUAUAUGCAAACCUUGGAAUUACGCGGAUACCUUGUUGAUAAAAAUGAAGAAAUCCCAAUGGGAUGAAGUGAUGGAGUUGAAUCUCAGUGGAGUGUUUCUCUGUACCCAGAUUACAACAAAGAUCAUGAUGAAGAAGAGAAAGGUAAGGAUCAUCAACAUAGCGUCAGUUGUUGGUCUAAUUGGUAAUAUUGAGCAAGCAAACUACGCUGCUGCUAAAGCUGGAGUUAUUGGGUUUUCCAAGACUGCCGCCAGAGAGGGUGAAAGCAGAAAAAUAUAA